CCGGGUCCCGGCUCCGGCGACAGCCGCCUGGCGCGCGGGCGGAGGGGCCGGCGGAGGAGCGCGGCCGCCCGGUUGCACCCUCAGCCCCAGGACGCCGGCGCCUGAAGCAGGGGGCCGGCUCAGCUCGCCGGGCCCUCCCAGGGGCCUCACCAACUGGCAGAUCCCAGUGGAUCCCAACUUUUCAGAGGAAACUGCCUUCUUUGGUUCCCUAGUUCAGUCCAUCCGGGCUAGAUAGAGGCGCAGACCGGCCAUGGGGCAAUGGUCUGGAAUGUUGUAGGAGAGAGUUAAGACCCUUCAAAACUGUGCUGUGUUUCAGGGGAGAUUGCUAUCCAGUCUUCUCAGGCCUACGUCUCGGGCGAUGGUGGGGCCUGGCUCUCCUGCUGGGGCCGCCGCCUUCAAUUGGCCUGUGUUUGUUUUAAGGGCCCAGAGAGAAGGGGAACAAGUUUUGCGAUGCAACCAAUUUGACCGGCAGACAAAGGCGAGUGCCGGUCUGUGUCUAGUGUACACAGGAGACACCAGCUCUGGGUCCACACAGCCAAGGGGAGCUCGGGGCCUGUUUGCAGAGCCUGCUCGUGGUUUCUCUUUCCGUGCCGCGGCGUCCGCCCUUGGAGCCUGGGGCCUGUGCCCAGCUCCAGAUCAGGGGUCUUCUCCAGGCUCUCCUGCUGGCCCUGGGCACUUGGCCUCCCUCCGCCUCCCCAUGAGGACUGUGCCCCAGCCUCCGGCCCAGUCCAGCCCAGCAAGGGCCUCGGCGGGGCCAGUCUCACCCCAGAAGCCAGCAUUCUGCAGCCCUCUCCGGCCUGCAGAGGCGAGGGCAGGCGUGGCAGGCUUGUCCAGGAGGCCUGGCAUCUGUUUUCUGCCCACCGCCCGCAAGGAGUUGCCUGUUUGGGGAAGCUGCAGGACCAGCAGGCGCAUGUUCCCCACGUUCCAAGUGAAGCUCUUCGGCAUGGACCCCAUGGCCGACUACAUGCUCCUCAUGGACUUCGUGCCCGUGGACGACAAGCGCUACCGGUACGCCUUCCACAGCUCAUCCUGGCUGGUGGCCGGGAAGGCAGACCCCGCCACGCCCGGCCGCGUACACUACCACCCCGACUCACCCGCCAAGGGGGCACAGUGGAUGAAGCAAAUCGUCUCCUUCGACAAGCUCAAGCUGACUAACAACCUGCUGGACGACAAUGGCCAUAUUAUUCUCAACUCCAUGCACAGAUACCAGCCACGCUUCCACGUGGUCUAUGUGGACCCGCGCAAAGACAGCGAGAAAUACGCUGAGGAGAACUUCAAAACCUUUGUGUUUGAGGAGACACGCUUCACUGCGGUCACUGCCUACCAGAACCACCGGAUUACCCAGCUCAAGAUCGCCAGUAACCCUUUCGCCAAAGGUUUCCGAGACUGCGACCCCGAGGACUGGCCCCGGAACCAUCGGCCCGGCGCGCUGCCGCUCAUGAGCGCCUUUGCGCGCUCGCGGAACCCCGUGGCCUCCCCCACACAGCCCAACGGCGCGGAGAAAGACGCGGCCGAGGCCCGGCGAGAAUUCGAGCGCGACGCGGGCGGCCCGGCCGUGCUCGGGGACCCGGCGCACCCGCCGCAGCUGCUGGCGCGGGUGCUGAGCCCCGCGCUGCCCGGAGCCGGCGUCCCGCUGCCCGGCGCGCCCGGAGGCCGGCCCAGCCCCCCGCAGCCCGAGCUGCGCCUGGAGGCGCCCGGCGCGUCGGAGCCGCUGCACCACCACCCCUACAAGUACCCGGCCACCGCCUACGACCACUACCUCGGGGCCAAGAGCCGGCCAGCGCCCUACCCGCUGCCGGGCCUGCGCGGCCACGGCUUCCACGCGCACGCGCACCCGCACGCGCACCCGCACCACCACCCCGCCGUGAGCCCCGCAGCCGCCGCCGCCGCCGCGGCCGCCGCCGCGGCCGCCGCCAGCAUGUACUCAUCGGCCGGGGCCGCGCCGCCCGGCUCUUACGACUACUGCCCCAGAUAAUGCGGGCGCCCGCCUGGGGGUCCGGUCCACCCAGCCCGGGGCCACCGCAGGCCCCCUUCCCGGGCCUCCAAGCCGUGGGGCCUCCAUCCGCCAGCCCCAGAGCUGUCCAAGGACCUGGUUCCCUGGCCCCCUGGCCCCAGGGCCACCGCGGGUCCCUCCUCGGCCCCGAGGGCCCGGGGUCCGCGCCGCCAGUGCCAAAGUGCGCGGUUCGCGCCGGAAGGAAGUGAUAUUUAUUGUUUUCCGCGAGACCGCGACGUCCCCCGGCCCGGCUGGCAGUUGCAGUGUAGACGACCCGAGAACCCGUCUGCAGGCGGUGUAGAUACUUGUAGAUAUUUGUAGAUAACUGUAGAUAACGCGCCGGCGCCGCCUUGAUAAAUGGUUUCGCCUCUUUUGGAAGCUGCCUGAGUGUC